AUGCUUUCUAUAUUAUUUGAGUGUGCUGCAGCAGGAAGAUCACACAGGCAUCGUCGCUACGUUCCUGCAGAAACAAAUGGCGCAGGCCAAGGUAUUGUUGUUAACACUAACAAUGGCUGCUGGAUCAGAUCAGGACCAGGCACGAACUAUGAAAGAAUUGGCUCAGCAUUUGCAGGAAACCAAUUCUCUGUCUCAGGUUACAGUGGAGUUUGGUGGCAUGUCGCCUUCAAUGGAAGAUCAGGAUACAUUCAUAGUGAUUAUCUCCAAGUCACAGGAAGAGUCAACUCAAACAUUGGAGUUAAUGUAAGAUCAGGUCCAGGCACCAACUAUGGAAGAGUUGGUGGACUUGGUAACAAUGCUCUCGUAACAAUUAAAGGAAUUUCAAGCAAUUGGUUUAGAAUUGACCAAGGUUGGGUUUGCGCUGAUUAUAUUGCUCUUUCAGGCUCCCCUGGUCCAGCACCAGGCCCAUCUCCUUCUGGCCAAGUUAUCAGACAAGGCGAUCCAAGAUUUAAUUCUAAUAUCAGAACAUGGGGCUGUGGCUUCAUGUCGCUUUGUUGGUGUGGCGGCGUCAACAGCAUUGAUGGAUGCAACAACCUCUAUAACACAGCUAUCCGCAAUGGCUGGAUGAGAUCUGAUUGCUUCAUUCUCAGCUGGGAUGUCAUUAAACCAAUUGCUGGCGCAAGAGGUUAUAGACCUGGAGGCCGCAAUGCACCAGUUGGAGGAAACGAAAAGGAAAUUUUGGAGUGCCAUAACGCUAGAACUAGUAUGCACUUUGUCGUUGGCAACAAGAAUGGUGGUAUUGAAUACGAUCCAGCAGUACCAGGCUUCGUUUCAUAUGGUGACCACACUUCCAAGCGCAUUUACAUCUAUUAA